UACUAGGACAACAGUCCGACGGGAGCCGACAGGUGUUGGUUGCUGCCGGGAGUGGUUGUUUUGGGGAAUCUCUCGGACCCCUUUACCCUGAUUAAGAGGAAGAAGAAGAAGAAGAAGCCACAGAUGAUGAUGGUGAGGCUAUGUAUGACAGGACAUUAGUCUCUACAAUACAAAACUGAAAGUUCUUCAGAAUGUUUGGAGCAUCACAGGCUUCGAAGGACCAGUUCCUCGACAAGGCCAGACAGGCACGUGAGGAGAGGAAAGGCCUUAAGGAAAGAGAACGAGCUGCAAUCCGAAUCCAGGCACUUACCAGGAAGUUCCUGUGUCAAUGCCGCCUGCGCAAGGAAAUCAGAAAAGAAGUGGACAGCUUUCUUGAAGGCACAGAGAAUGGCUCAGUCAAAGCCAACGCUCUUUCCAUUUUUCAGCUAUCCCGAAAACUGCUAGUAAUAUUCCAAAUGCAGCCGGAUCGACUUAGGCUUGAAAGGCUGUGUCGUUGUAUUUUAAGCAGUCUGGAGUGUGAAAAUGAACCCAAGGUCUGGUAUGUGUCCAUUGCUCUUUCCAAAGACCUUACCCUUCUGUGGAUCAAGCAGAUUAAAGACAUACUCUGGUACUGCUGUGAGUUCCUCAAGACGUUAAAGCCCGACAUGAUGCAAGACUCCAAGAUUAUCACACUCUACCUCACGAUGCUAGUCAACUUUACAGACACUUCCACCUGGAAGAUACUCAGAGGGAAAGGAGAAAGUCUGAGACCUGCAAUGAACCAUAUCUGUGCAAAUAUCAUGGGUCACCUUAAUCAAAAAGGCUUUUACUCUGUAUUACAGAUACUGUUGACCAAUGGCCUGGCCAGAUCACGCCCAUCCCUUUCCAAAGGAACUCUAACUGCCCUCUUUUCUCUUGCAUUGAGGCCUGUGGUCGCAGCACAAUUCUCAGACAACCUUCUCCGCUCAUUCCUGAUCCAUAUAAUGUCUGUUCCAGCUCUUAUUUCCCACCUUUGUGUUCUUACUCCAGAUCGAUUAACUGUGAUCGAGUCUCAUGGGCUUUUCCAUAAAUUUAUCCUGUUCCUGAGUCGGGAGGAACAGUGCAGAGAUGUGUGCAUGUGCCUGGAAGGAAGCCAUACGCUUUGUUUGUUAGGUAACUUAAUUCAACUUGGGCACCUUACGGAAAAGGUUCUGGAGGAGGAAACAACUCACUUUGUCAGUGUCCUCACACACAUGUUGUCCUAUUGCCAGAAAUACGUGUCCCAAAAAAAAUCCAACCUUACUCACUGGCACCCCGUCCUUGGCUGGUUCUCUCAGACGGUGGAUUAUGGCCUCAACGAAUCAAUGCCCUUGCUCACCAAACAGCUUCAGCAUCUAUGGGGUGUUCAUAUGAUCCGCAUUUUGUUCCGGGAAGUCCUGAGCAAAAAGCUAGCUGAGAAUCAAGAUGUGAUGGUAGCCACUGCACAGAGCUCAUCCCCACAGAACAACCUGCCAAUGAAAAAUCUAUUUAAGCGAGCAUUUCAGAAAUCAGCCUCUGUCCGGCAUAUCUUGAAACCCAUUGGAGGAAAGCGGGUGGACUCCCAAGAGGUGCAAAAAGUAUGCAGUAUCUGUGUGCUGUACCAGACGGCACUGACCACCCUCACGCAGAUCCGUUUGCAGAUCCUCACUGGCCUUACCUAUUUGGAUGACCUUUUACCCAAGUUGUGGGCUUUUAUCUGUGAGCUUGGGCCUCAGGGAGGACUAAAACUGUUCUUGGAGUGUCUAAGCAAUGACACAGAGGAAUCCCGAAGACUCCUGGCAAUGCUGGUUCUGUUCUGUGACUGCUCCAGGCAUUUAAUUACGAUUCUUGAUGACAUUGAGGUGUAUGAGGAGCAGAUAUCAUUCAAGUUGGAAGAACUGGUCACCAUCUCAUCAUUCCUGAAUAGCUUUGUAUUCAAGAUGAUCUGGGAUGGUAUCCUGGAGAAUGCCAAAGGAGAGACCCUGGAGCUGUUCCAUUCGGUGCAUGGCUGGCUUAUGGUCCUGUACGAAAGAGACUGUCGCAGGAGAUUUGCCCCAGAGGACCACUGGCUGAGGAAGGAUCUUAAACCAGCUUUGCUGUUCCAAGAACUGGACAAAGAGAGGAAGCGAGCUCAGCUCUUACUUCAGUACAUUCCUCACGUCAUCCCGCACAAGAAUAGAGUUCUUUUGUUCAGAAACAUAGUCACGAAGGAGAAAGAGAAGCUUGGUUUAGUGGAGACCAGCACAGCAUCUCCGCAUGUCACUCAUAUCACUAUCCGAAGGUCCCGUAUGUUGGAGGAUGGAUAUGACCAACUGCGUCAGCUCUCCCAAAAUGCCAUGAAAGGAGUUAUCCGUGUAAAGUUUGUCAAUGACCUGGGUGUAGAUGAAGCUGGAAUAGACCAGGAUGGUGUCUUUAAGGAGUUUUUGGAAGAAAUUAUCAAAAAAGUGUUUGACCCUGCACUGAAUUUAUUCAAGACCACAAGCUCCGGAGACAGAUUAUAUCCAUCUCCAACAUCUUAUAUCCAUGAAAACUACCUCCAGUUAUUUGAGUUUGUAGGAAAAAUGCUUGGAAAAGCUGUAUACGAGGGUAUAGUGGUAGAUGUCCCAUUUGCCUCGUUCUUUCUCAGUCAGCUGCUUGGACAUCAUCACAGCAUCUUCUACAGCUCUGUAGACGAACUUCCUUCCCUGGACCCUGAGUUUUAUAAGAACCUUACUUCUAUCAAGCGUUAUGAUGGAGAUAUUAGUGACUUGGGCCUAACCCUUUCUUACGAUGAAGAUGUUAUGGGUCAGCUGGUCUGUCAUGAGUUGGUGCCAGGUGGGAAGUCAAUUGGUGUCAUCAAUGAAAACAAGAUCAGCUACAUCCACCUGAUGGCACAUUUCCGCAUGCAUACUCAGAUUAAAAACCAGACGGCGGCUCUUAUCGGUGGCUUCCGCUCCAUCAUCCGACCAGAGUGGAUACGCAUGUUCUCAACACCUGAACUGCAGCGCCUUAUAUCUGGAGACAAUGCAGAGAUUGACCUGGAUGACCUCAAGAAGCACACAGUAUACUAUGGAGGAUUUCAUGGCAGUCACCGAGUCAUUAUUUGGCUAUGGGAUAUUUUAGCAAAUGAUUUCUCAUCUGAGGAAAAAGCCAUGUUUCUAAAGUUUGUUACCAGUUGUUCCCGGCCACCUCUCCUAGGUUUCGCCUACCUCAAACCUCCCUUCUCCAUCCGCUGUGUGGAGGUCUCAGAUGAUCAGGACACAGGCGACACCCUGGGCAGCGUCCUCAGGGGUUUCUUCACCAUCAGGAAACGGGAGCCCGGGGGACGACUCCCUACUUCAUCAACCUGUUUUAAUCUUCUAAAACUCCCCAAUUACAGCAAGAAGGGAAUUCUGCGGGAAAAGCUGCGUUACGCUAUCAGCAUGAACACUGGCUUUGAACUGUCUUAGGAUUUCCUCCUUAAUUUAAAAGAUUCUGCUGGCAGGGGAGCCUCUAUGUCUUUGUAAAGCAAUGUAUUGGAGGACUGAAAUAACCACUAACACUACUUUUAAUUCAGUGGGUCCUUCCGCAUAUUUGUUUUAGAAUGUGAUUUCACCUUUAGUUACUGUUCCGGUGGUUCGAAGUUGGAAAAAGAUGUGUGAUGUUUGGAAUGCAAAGACGGAGAUACUAGUGAAGGCCUGUAAGAAAAUAUCCACUUUUUUUUGUUUAUAGCAAAAAUUAGUCCCUUUAGUGUCAGGUGUUGGCACAGCUUUGGAAAUCAAAGGGUACAUUAAUUUAUUUCAUGAUUUUAGAAUAUUUUUUACUCCAGUAACUAGUUGCUAACUGUAGAACGGCAAAGUCCAGGUGCUGCUUGCAUACUAUCCAGAUAAUCUGAAUUCAUAAGACAUCUACAAAUGGGCCUGGCAGAGAGAUCAGAGGCGGUCGUGUGAAGGUCUGCAGUGUACUGGGCCCAAAAUUCAUUACUGCACAACCAGUUAUGUAGAAUGUGAUAAGUGGAAGGUAGAACAUAACUGACAAGGGGGACAACAUGGAUGGAAAAGAUGAAGAAAGUGCUGCAGAACUAAAGAAGAAAGGUUGGGGUCAGGGUGCAAACGAGAGAAGUAACAAGCUAAGGGAAAGUGUACAAAGAACAAGAGGUACAAAAAGAA